AUUCUCGAAGAAGCAUCACUCAGGUUAGCAUUGCGUUGCUCCAUCUUCAAACCCAACAGAAAAAGAUGAAAACGAACCCAGUUGUGAUCAUUUGCCCAGGCAAUGGCUGCUCCGAUAUACGUAACAGCAACUGGUACGGUAAAGUCUUUCACGAAUUGAGUAAAAGAGAUAUCAGGUGUGUUUGUGAGGAUUUUCCCGACCCGUUGCAUGCACGACGAGAUCGUUGGGUACCUCACAUGAGGUCACUGGCCGAAAAAUACGGACCGUCAGGGCGUCCGGAAAACAUCGUGCUUGUCGGUCACAGCUCGGGCGCACAAGCAGCUCUAAGAUACACUGAAAUGUACCCGGCACACGCAUGUAUCUUAGUGUCUGCAACAUACAGCGAUCUCGGCGAUGCUCACGAACGCGCCUCGGGGUAUUAUCCCCAGAAACAGUUGGGCGUGACCGAGGAGAUCAAUGCAUACAACUUUUCAAAGAUGAAAAUGAAUUGCAGAACAUGGCACCAGUUCCAUUCUGAUGAUGAUCCUUACAUCCCUGUCUCUGAAGCACAGGCUAUACAAGAAGGGUUGGGUCUUACCGAUACAUUUUACUUAUUGCAUGGUCGCUCUCAUUUUUUCACCUUCCAACCAGAAAUACUGGAGUGCAUUUUAUCGGUCUGCUAAUUCUUUGAAUGGACAUCAGUCGAGAAACCAUAUCGGAAUAUAAUAAAGUAGUUCUACAAAUUAGUUUUGGUAGUACGUUCUAUGGUUUCUUCAGAGCUAUGUCAUCAUCCACAAAUCGAUCUUCGAAUUCACCGUCAGCAUCAAAUCUGCACUCGUUUCUCAUCCCCAUCAAUCGAUAGCGAUUGUCGGCAACGCUGUCAUAAAUAAUGUCUCGCAAAAGCUUUGGAAGUAGGAAUCGACCAGCCAUUGCUGCCGGUUUCAGGGGCAAAAGUGACAAGGGGGUCAACUCUUCGGUAAUCUUGAGAACAGCAUCUGAUUUCACAAAUGCUCCAUCUUUUGUUACAAGAACAAUAGAACUGAUGUCAUCUG